AUGGCCGAUUCGGACGAGGAGCCGACUUCUCCCGCCGAAUCCCCUCCGCCUCAAUCCCCGCCGGCCACCACACGCAGCACCACCGAUGCCUCGCGGAGGCCACCGCCUGCGCCAAUGGCGCUGAGAGGGCCUACCACGCAGAUGAAUCCGGAUAUCGCUGCCAAGAUGAAGGCCUUCUCCUUGUCAAGAGCCGGGCCAGCCACGCCACAGCCCAACAGAGGCCCCUUGAGCCCUCCUGCAGGGUUAUCUUCAGGUCCCGCUGUAGGUGGCUUCCCGUCCAAUUUCCAGCUUCCCGCCGGUAUGAAUCGACUUGCUUCUGCUCCCGCUGUUCCAGGAGCCGCCGCGUCUAGGGGACCUUCACUGGCCGAGAAACGCGGAAUGAAGCUGCCUGGGGGCCUGCCAGGGCAAGCGCCACCGCCCGCCGGCGACGCAGCGAAACCGCCCGGCAGACAGAAACCUAGAAUGACUCUGUCGCAAAUGGGCGGUGGACCAGCAAAUGGGGAUCCGAACGCUGGUCAAGAGCCACGGAAAGAUCAGUCGCAGAUGGACAAGUAUGCCGAUCUUAUAGAUACCAAGACCGGAGCUCUGCGGUUCAAGGGCAAGGCGACGGUCCACGGCGGGGGUAUCGACUUCACAUCAGGCAAGAGUUUCAGUAUCAGUCUGGAUGAGGUCGACACGUUGGAUGAGUUGGGCAAGGGAAACUACGGCACUGUGUACAAGGUCCGACAUUCACGUCCCAAGUUCCGGCGACAAGGUCAGGGCUUGGCAGGAAACAAGGCGAGAGGGCCGGCGGCCGACAAGGAGGAGGAAGUGAAUGCAGCGUCACCGCAACGACCGGCAGACGCUGUUCCGACACCCACAAAUGCCACCUCUGCGCAGGCGUAUGGACGUGGCGGCACGACUGGUAUCGUGAUGGCGAUGAAGGAGAUGCGGCUCGAACUGGACGAUGCCAAGUUCCAGUCUAUCAUAAUGGAACUUGACGUUUUGCAUCGAUGCAUAUCGCCCUACAUUGUCGACUUCUACGGUGCGUUCUUCCAAGAAGGCGCCGUGUAUAUCUGCAUGGAGUACAUGGAUGGAGGCAGUGUUGACAAGAUUUAUGGGGAUGGUGUCCCCGAAAACGUGCUGAGAAAGAUUACGUAUUGUACGACGCUGGGGCUGAAGUCACUCAAGGAGGAGCACAACAUUAUACAUCGAGAUGUCAAGCCGACCAACAUCCUCGUGAAUACAAGAGGACAGGUCAAGAUUUGCGAUUUUGGCGUGUCCGGUAAUUUGGUGGCCAGUAUAGCCAAGACAAACAUCGGUUGUCAGUCAUACAUGGCGCCUGAGCGAAUAUCAAGUGGCGGCAUGGCACAGGCAGGAGCAUCCGCAGGAACAUACAGCGUGCAGUCGGACAUUUGGUCGUUAGGGUUGACAAUCAUUGAGUGCGCCCUGGGGAGAUAUCCAUAUCCACCAGAGACGUACGACAACAUCUUCUCGCAGCUUUCGGUAAGUGAAUACAAACAAAUCAGGUGCGGGACGGUCAGAUGCUGACACAUGGAAAGGCAAUUGUCGAUGGUGACCCGCCAGAUCUUCCAACAGACACGUUCUCGGAAGCAGCUCAUGACUUCGUUGCUGGCUGCCUGAACAAGAUCCCGAAGCUCCGACCAACAUAUCCCAUGCUUCUACAGCAUGCAUGGCUAGCGCCGCUGGCAAAACCAGACACCAUUGCCGAAGAGGAUGAAGAAGCCGCCGAAGCUGCGGCAGAGGCAGAAGCGAACGGUGAAACAGUCGAGGCGCAGCCCCUAGCAGCCAGUCAAGCAGACUUUGUCGACCGAGAAGUUGGCGAGUGGGUGACUGAUGCUCUCGAUAAGAAGAAGAAAGGUCUUCUUGGCAAGCACGCGAAACCUGCCUUGCACGCCGCACCGCUCGACGCCGUGGGUAGUCCGCCGGCGGAAAAGCCUACGAGUGGUGCUGUCGCUGUGUGA